AGGGCGGAGGAGGUUCGGGGCAAGUUUGAGCGCUAUGGCCCGAUCCGUGAUGUCUACCUGCCAAAGGACUACUACUCUGGGCGCCCCAAGGGCUUUGGCUUCAUCGAGUUCCUGGACAUCCGGGACGCUGAGGAAGCGAUCUACAACCUGGACCGCACGAUGUUUGGGGGGCGGGAGAUACAGGUGCGU